AUGCGAGAUUUUCCUCUGGCAGCAGGAGGCACGCACCCAGAGAAUGCUGGAGCUGCAAGGGGAAAGGACCCACUUCCACAGCAGAGAAAAACAAAGAGGAAAAAGGCAUACAGGCAGCGAGCGCUAAGGGACGCACCCAGCAAGCAGUGGGCCAGUGCCACUGCCCCCAGCAGCUGUUUCUGCUGCAACCCGAGAGGAACUCGGUGA